GCGAGGAUGGAGCUCUUUCUCUUCUUCACUUCUCUCCUUCAGUAUUUUCGCUUCACUCCUCCACCUGGAGUCUCUGAAGAUGAACUGAAUCUCACUCCAGCUGUGGGCUUCAUACUGAAUCCAUCACCACACAAACUAAGCUGUGUUUUGGAGUGAUGGAGUUCAUUUGUGUGACUCUGAUGAUUAUUAUUGGAAUCACAGAUUCAACAGCAGGUCAAUAUGCGGUUGUGGGACCUGUAGAUCCUCUCCUUACUGUAGCUGGUGAAGAUGCAAUUCUGCCCUGUUCUCUCAAACCCAACACCAGUGCUGUAAACAUGAGAGUCGAGUGGUUUAGAGUUGAUCUCAAAGGGUCAAUAGUUCAUCUCUAUGAAUCUCAUGAAGAUAACAACAUAAAUCAGCUUCAGUCAUACAGAGGAAGAACUGAAGUGUUUAAAGAUGAACUACAGAAAGGAAACACAUCACUCAAACUCUCAAGAGUUAAAUUGUUUGAUGAAGGACUUUACAAGUGUUUAAUCGAGUAUAAAUCCUGGAGUGCUGACAUCACUGUUGAUCUUAGAGUUGAAGCUAUAGGAAGUCCUCCACUCAUCACUGUAGAUGGAUUUGAUGGUUCUGGUGGACUUCAUCUUCAGUGUGAAUCUAAAGGUUGGAACCCUGAACCUGAACUUGUGUGGCUGGACAGUGAAGGAGUCACUUUGACAUCUGAAAAUACAGACAAACAGAAAGAGACAGAUGGAUUCAGAGUGAAACAAAUGAUUACUGUUUAUAACAGAGACAGUAAAUAUCACUGUAGGGUCAUAAUGAGACAUCACAUGAUGGACACUGAUAUUAUUCUAUCAAGUAAAAUGUUUAACUCUUGGAGGACAUCAGUGGUCAUGAUUUCAUUUGCUGUUAUAUUCAGUGUGAUUACUGGGAUAUUGAUCGCAAUGUUCAUCUAUAGACACAGAGAAAUACAGAGAAAGAAACUGAGUGAAGACGAGAAACUAAAGAGUGAAGAGAGGAGACUAAAAAAUGAAUGUGAGAGACUUGCAAUGAUAGAGAAGGGGACUGUAGAAAGUUUGAAAUCACUCUUAAGAAAAUUUGCAGUGAAUGUGACUCUGGAUCCUGAUUCAGCUCAUCCAGAUCUCAUUGUGUCUGAUGAUGGGAAACAAGUGAGAUAUGAAGAACAAUCAGGAACAGUGAAGGAUGGAGAUCAAAAGUCAAAUAACAAGUUUAAUAAACGUUUCUGUGUUCUUGGAAAGGAAGGAUUCACCUCAGGGUGUUUUUACUAUGAGGUGGAGGUGAAGGGGUUAAAUAGGUGGUUUGUGGGUGUGGCCAGAGAAUCUGCUGAGAGGAACGGGUGGAUCAAGCUGAAUCCUGAGAAUGGAUACUGGAUGGCUGGUUUGAGAGGAGGAGGGUAUCAGGCUAGUGAGGGUUCUUCAUCUGUCUCUCUUUCUCUAAGUGUGGCACCUCAGAGAGUCGGGGUGUUUGUGGAUUAUGAGGAGGGUCGAGUCUCUUUUUAUGAUGUGGAGUCUAUGUGUCAUAUCUACUCUUUUACUGAUCAAUCUUUUAAUGAGAAACUAUAUCCUGUCUUUUGGCAUAGUAACUCUGCACCACUUAUCAUCUGUGAUCUCUAAUGAGAUUUAAUCUAAAUAUAAAAAUCCUCUCCUUAAGUUAUUUUUGUAACUUGAAAUGGUAUUAUACACAGGGAUGUUUGUGUCAUUUUCAGAAACGUUAUGAUGAAUGAUGAUGGU